AUGCGCCAUUUCGACACCUGGGUCCUCCGCGACCCCUACUCAAUCUGGCACUACUAUCCAACAGGCCACAGAUGGCGCGACACAGUCCGCGACCUAAUCCACACACGAGCAAUCUGCUCUCCAGAAGACAUAAACAUAAAAGAAAUCCCAGCUCCAAUUGACCCCUGGGCCAAACAAACCAACCAAGAAUCGCCACUCCUCCGUCUCCCGGCCGAAAUCAGACUCAUGAUCUGGUCGUAUGUCCUCACAGACUCAGAUGCACCAGAAAGCAAUCCACAAACUGUCCAUCUUGUCCAGAUUAAGGGGAAGAUUCGGCAUGUGAGGUGUUCCUUAUCCAACAAGACUACAACUACAUCUACUCCAGUCCAACAUCAGACCAAAACCCUCCAAACCCGCUCCUGUUGCCCAACAACCCCAGCCCACUGGCGCCACACACCCUCCCUCCCAACCUCACCACCGACAAACCCCCAGAAAACCCGCCUCCUCUACCCACACACCCACCCACACCUCCCCCAAACCCUAACAACCCUAACCCCAACUCUCCUGCGCACCUGUCGAAAAAUCUACCAAGAAGCCGAAACAAUCCUGUACAAAAACACAAUCUUCGAUGUAGACGAUCUCUACACCUUUAUCGCAUUCGCGAACUCCCUCUCGCCAACUGCCCGCAAUGCCAUCUCCACGCUGAAUGUCCAGUGGAUGCCUAUCUGGACGCCUAUGGCGGGCUUGGAUCAUAAGGGGAGUAUUUAUGCUCAUACGCAUAGUGAUGAGCUUUGGAGGUUGGGCCUUGCGUUGGAUUUGGGGCUUGUUUCUGCUAGGGAUGUUGGGGUUGAUAUUGGACGUGGGGAUGGUGGUGGGAAUGGGAAUGGGAAUGGGAAUGGGAAUGGGAAUGGACAUGGACACGGACUUGGAUAUGGGCAGCGGAUUCCGUUUGGGAUUGCUGAGGCGUGGGUUAGACCUUUGCUCAAGGUGCGUGGGUUGCGGGAGUUUGAUCUGGCUGUUUCGGCUCGGUGUGAUGCUUCUUCUAGGGGUGUUGUUGAGCGGAGGUUGGUUAGAGAUGUUGGCCUUCUUAGGGAGGAGUUGAAGCGGGUUUUGUGUUUGCCCCGGGAGAGGGAGAAGGCUUGUAAGAAGGGGAUGAUGGGGAGGAGGAUCAGCAUCUAUGGAGUUCUAUCAUUUGAACAACAC